GUAAUAUGCAGAAUCAACCGCAAUCCCAAAACAGGUUAGUGAAGGUGCCGAUGGAAAAAUGCAAAACCGGAUGAUCAGGAAAAAGUCCUUCCAAUCAGAUACACAUUUAUUUGAAGUCACCUGAAGGCACUCAGCAGAAACCCGAAGACUGGUGCACAGGAGCCUGAAUAAAAUUAUAAAUGCCUUUGCGGCAAGUGACAAUUAGCUUUUUGAAAGUCCUAUAUCUUGAAAACUUUAUUGCUGAAAUGCAAAACAUUUUGGGACUGUAUCAACAGUGGACUAAUAGUUUUUGAGUGGAUUAUUCCUUUAAGAGCUGUGCCUGCCUGUGAGUGAGCCUAUGGCUGGCCCAGUCAGAAUGCGUAACCGUUGACAACUUUCCAGCAAUUUGACCAAGCUCUUGCAACAUUACCGAGCGCUAACACAUAGGAAGGAGUGGCAUCCUGCCUCUCCAAGGUGACCGGGCGGAUUUUACCUCCAGGAGCCACGUUGCCUUCUCAGCCGUCCUGCUAUGCCUAAACCAGGCCUUUCACGCCUCGCCUCAUCCCCUGACUCUAUGGAGGCAUCCCACCUCGUUUCCAUGUCAUCGCCCUGUGUCUCCCCAUCCCAGUCACAGCUCAAGUACAUGUCCCUGGGCGUGCUGGUGCUGCAGACCACCUCACUGGUGCUCACCAUGAGGUACUCGCGCACACUGCAGGGCGAGGGGCCCCGCUACCUAGCCUCCUCAGCCGUGGUGUCGGCCGAACUGCUUAAGAUCCUCAUCUGCCUGCUGCUCGUCUUCUAUGACCACAGCUUCAGUUUUUGUGUGUUGAAUCGGGUGCUGAAGGAAGAGAUUCUCAACAAGCCCAUGGAGACGUUGAAGCUGGCCAUCCCAUCAGGCAUCUACACACUCCAGAAUAACCUUCUCUAUAUCGCCCUGUCCAAUCUGGACGCUGCUACCUACCAGGUGACGUACCAGCUGAAGAUCCUGACCACGGCCCUGUUCUCAGUAUCCAUGCUGGGGAAGAGACUGGGGCUCUACCAGUGGCUGUCCCUGCUCAUCCUCAUAACUGGUAUCGGUCUCGUUCAGUGGCCUACAGAGUCUCUGGGUGGGCCAUCUCCGACGCCUCUGUCUGCAGGCUCCCAGUUAGUCGGUGUGAUAGCCAUACUGAUAGCCUGCUUCUCCAGUGGCUUCGCUGGAGUCUACUUUGAGAAGAUCCUCAAAGAGACCAACCAGAGUGUGUGGGUCCGUAACAUCCAGCUAGGUUUAUUUGGCCUGGUGUUUGGUCUAAUGGGAGUGUUUGUGUACGACGGAGAGAGAGUGAGGGAGUCCGGAGUGUUCCAAGGCUACAACCCACUCACCUGGACUGUUGUGGCCCUGCAGGCUCUGGGCGGGUUGGUCAUAGCAGCAGUCAUUAAGUAUGCAGACAACAUCCUGAAGGGGUUUUCCACCUCACUCUCCAUCAUCCUGUCAACACUCAUAUCCUACUUCUGUUUGGAGGACUUCAACCCCACCAGUGUGUUCUUCCUAGGAGCAGUGCUGGUCAUUGCUGCCACCUUCCUGUAUGGCUAUGAGGCUGAGGCCUGCCACCAGCCACAGCAGAGUCUAGAUUGGAGACCCACCACCAGCCAUAGCAGAGUCUAGACUGGAGACCCACCACCAGCCAUAGCAGAGUCUAGACUGGAGACCCACCACCAGCCAUAGCAGAGUCUAGACUGGAGACCCACCACCAGCCAUAGCAGAGUCUAGAGUCGACACCCACCACCAGCCAUAGCAGAGUCUAGACUGGAGACCCACCACCAGCCAUAGCAGAGUCUAGAUUGGAGACCCACCACCAGCCAUAGCAGAGUCUAGACUGGAGACCCACCACCAGCCAUAGCAGAGUCUAGAUUGGAGACCCACCACCAGCCAUAGCAGAGUCUAGAUUGGAGACCCACCACCAGCCAUAGCAGAGUCUAGAUUGGAGACCCACCACCACAGCCCUUGAACCCCAAAGAAGAGACACACAGGGAAAGAGGGCAAGAUGGAGAGAGGAAUAGGUUGCUGAGGAGGACGAGGUUCACUUACUCAGGAGGAGCACAACUUCUGGAUAAAGAGUGUAGACAGAAGUAGCCCUGCGAUGUUUAGCGCACACAAUAGAUAGGAGUCGCCUGAAACGGAAUGACUGAGACCGCCAACACAGACUGGGUUUUGUUUGUCCAAUCAAGAUGGAGGGCAACAUCCGACAAUGACUAUUUAGCAUUUACUAAGCUUUUUAUUGAAAUUCAAAGUGAUUUAUGUUGCAUGGGGGUAAAAAUGGUACAAUGCUCUCACCAUAGUGACUCCAUCAAGUUUGACUCGAACAGGCUCAUGAAUGUGAAUUCUUCACAGUUAACACACACACACACACACACACACACACACACACACACACACACACACACACACACACACACACACACACACACACACACACACACCCUUACAGGCCCAUUCAUGGAGCUGAAGCUGUUGCCUAUGAAGGGUUAUGCUCACCUUUGAUCUUUCAUCUGUGAUCAUGGAGCCAAACUCACCAAAUCAUGGAAUCAUGGGAAAACAGGGACGUUACAGGUAUCAACAAAAAUGUAUUUAUGAAUCCAAGAAUUCACUGACAACGUUAGUUUGAGAUAAAUAUUUGAUUUUUAUAUAUUUUAUCAUGUAUUUAUGUAUUUGGGGAAUAAGGGAGUAGGGGAAAGACAGUUUGUAGUAUGAAUGUAUUUUGGGGUACUGACGGUCAAUAAGACCAAGGGCAUUCAAAUGAAUUGAAUGCCUCACAUGUUACAAAGCCCCUCCUCAUUUGUUUUUGAGUGCCAGCUCUACCUAGUGGGAGUGUUGGGCCAUAGCACAUUUACUGCAGAGGGGAGGGGUUGAGACGAAUGACUAAAGAUGCUGGAUGUCUUUUUAUUGGGGACAAGGAGGAAAAGGAUUAAAGGAAGGAAUGCUUUGAA